AUGGUUGCUGGAAUGCUGAUGCCCCUGCGGGACCUCAGGGCUAUCUAUGAGGUCCUCUUUCGAGAUGGUGUCAUGGUGGCCAAGAAGGAUAAGAGGCCUCAGAUCAAGCAUCCUGAGGUACAAAGUGUGAGCAACCUACAAGUAAUCCGUGCAAUGGGGUCUCUUAAGUCCAGGGGCUAUGUGAAGGAGACAUUUGCCUGGAGACAUUUCUACUGGUACCUGUCUAAUGAGGGAAUUGUUUACCUGCGCGACUACCUUCGCCUGCCCGCUGAGAUUGUUCCGAUGUCCCUGCAGAGGGUGAGGAAGCCAGCCACCACUCUAUCCAUUGCUCAGCGGGCUUCACGGGUCCAGUCUGUAGAAGGUCCCACGUCUUAUGUUCCCAAGCCGGGACGAAGGGGUGAAGCAGAAAGCCAGGAUGCACUGGCUGAGCGUCAAGGUUAUCGCCAUAAGAUGAUGGGCCCUGGUGAGAAAGAAAGCUACUCUGAUAGGACCCCCAGGUUCAGGGGCCGUCCACUGGAAUCAGUCAGACCAAAAGCAUCAUUGGAAGGGGAGGACCAGCCUCAGCCUCUAUUCAGGAAAGGGAGCAGCUUCAGAGGUGAAGCUGUAAUGGUGGAGGAGAGCAGGGUUAAAAGAGUCUUCCGUCAGCCGCCUGAUGUGAGGAGUGAGAGGCCAGUUACAACAUCACAGGAGAGAAGAGUGUUUGGGGUCCAAAAGGAAAAGGUCCCAAGUUCUGUUCCUGUCCAGACAGCAGCUUUGAAACACGAUGUAUCACAGACCACUCAUAUGACAUCAGUGUCCUCCAAAGCAGCCCUACCAUUAGAUGUGUCUGCUGUCGCUGGCGGUACAGGUGGUGCAACAUCAAAGAUUCCAGCCGAAUCCUUUACUCCCAAAACAAAUAAGGAGAAGGCCAAGAUCUCUGGUGAAACACGCCCCAUAAACUCUAAUGAAAUGAUCACAAGCCAUUUAUCCACCGGAGCACUUCCUGAUGCAGAGGUCAAAGAAGAGAAGAUUAAGAAGUUGAUUGUGGAUACAAUUAAACCUGCAGAGGUCAAGGCUGAAGUGGCAUCUGAAAAGCCACAAGAAGUUAUGACAAGGUGA